AUGUACGAAGUUAGAAUGAGGGAUGGCUUGAACGUGUCAUCGUUAUCAAGCCCUCAUGAUCGCUAUAAAAUUGAAAAGAAACUCGGAUCUGGUAUAUUCGGAAAAGUAUUUCAAGCAUCCGACGAUCAGGCUGCUGGCAAAUCGGUCGCCGUCAAAGUAAUCAAUUUAACAGACACAAAAGAACAACACAUUCAUGAAGAAUGUAAAAUAUUAAGAGAUUUUACAAAACACCCAAAUAUUAUCGACUUUUACGGUGUCUUCUGCGAACGAUCCGAAUAUGUCAAGAAAAUAUGGUUCGUCAUUGAGCUAUGCGAAUUCGGAUCUGUCAUCGAUAUUGUCAGAAAAUUGAAUGCGAUGGACAAAAAAAUGUCCGAAGAACACAUCGCUUACAUCCUCAAAUAUACGAUUAAGGCACUCGUGUAUCUCCACGAGAACAAAGUUAUGCAUCGCAAUGUACGAGCCAGUAAUAUACUUAUAAAGAACAAUGGCGAAAUAAAAAUCUGCGACUUCUCAUUGUGCUGUCAAUUAAAAGACGCUUUAGAUAAAACGACAUCUUAUAUUGGAUCGCCGAGUUGGAUGGCCCCUGAAAUGGUAACUAGAGGUGAAGAGGGAUAUGACAACAGGGUUGAUGUGUGGGCCCUGGGAAUCACAACUAUUGAAAUGGUUGAUGGAAAGGGACCCUUCGAAGAUAUGCAUCCCACUGGAGCCCUGUUUCAAAUUCUCAGAAAUCCGCCCCCAGGCGUGCUGAAACCAGCGAUGUCGUCAAAUGAAAUUAACGAUUUUAUAAAUGAGUGCCUUGAAAAAAAUCCAGAACACCGACCUUUUAUUAUGGAGUUGGAGGAACAUCCAUUCAUUCAGUCCGUCCCAGAAAAUGAUUUCCAUCUUUCUACGGAAAUAAAAAUGCUAGCAAAUGACCUGCAAGAAAAAGAAACACCACCAAGAAAACCAGAACGCAUUAUUAAAGAAGGUCUUCUUAUUACGCAAGGCAGACACGAACCCGAAACCAUGCAAGUAGAAGACUUAGCUGCCUUAGAAUGCUUAACUGAGGAAAAUAUUCUAAGCGAAAUACAUACUAAAUUAGAAAAGGGAUCUUUUAUGUCUUUCAUUGGAGAUAUCUUGUUAAUACUUAAUCCUAACUCUUCUGACGAUAUUUAUAAUGAAGAGUAUCACAAAAAGUAUGAAUGCAAAUCUAGAUCAGAUAAUGAGCCACACAUUUUUUCUGUCGCUGACAGCGCUUACCAAAAUGCUUUGCAUCACAAUGAACAGCAGUACAUAGUUUUUUCUGGAGAAAGUAAGUCCGGAAAGACUACAAGUGUACUCCAUGCACUUUCGCACUUAACAUUCUUGGGUGCAAUGAAAAAUAACACAGGAGAGCGAAUUCAAAAUGCAACUACAAUAAUUCUCGCCUGCAUAAGUGCGGCUACUCCAAUACACUGUAAUUCCACGCGAGGAAUUUUCCACAUACAAGUCACUUACGGAAGCUCAGGAAAAUUGAGUGGUGCCAUAUUUUGGUUAUAUCAACUUGAGAAAUGGAGGGUAUCCUCUACUGAUAUGUCACAUGCUAAUUUCAAUAUAAUGUAUUAUUUUUAUGAUUCUAAAGAAGCUGAUAAUAAACUGAGUGAACUGUAUCUAGAACGAAAUAGAAAGCACAGGUAUCUGAGAAUACUGGACGAUUCAGUAAGAGGCAUUCAAGGUGCACGGGAAAAUCCUCGAGACAGUGCUAAACGAUACAAGGAUAUAAUCGAGUAUUUGAAAUUGCUUGAUUGGCAAGAAGAUGAAAUCACGUUCUUUGAAACUGUAUUAGCAGCAAUAUUAGUUCUUGGUAAUGUAAGAUUUAGGGAUGGUAAAUCUGGUUCGGCGGAAAUAGAAAACCCAGACGAAGCUAAAAAGGUGGCAAAACUAUUAUCUCUUGAUGAGGUAAAGUUUAUGUGGGCUUUGCUCAACUACUGUUUGAUAGAAAACGGAAACGCCGUAAAACGUAAACAUUCAACUGAUGAAGCUAGAGAUGCAAGAGAUACAUUAGCAAGUACUUUAUACAAAAGAUUGGUCGAUUGGAUGAUAAACUUGAUUAAUUCUAAAUUAUCUUUUAUGCGACAAGUUUUUGGCGACAAAUAUUCGGUCAGUUUAAUUGACGUAUUUGGUUUUGAAUGCUAUCACAGAAAUAGACUGGAACAGUUAAUUGUAAACACAACAAAUGAACAGCUGCAAUUUCUCUACAACCAAAAAAUAUUUGCUUGGGAAAUGCAAGAAGAAGAGGAAGAAGAAGUGCCAGUUUUACCUCUACAUUAUUACGAUAAUAAGAACUCGGUUGAUCAACUUUUGGCGAAACCGCAUGGCAUAUUCUACAUUCUAGAUGAAGCCAGCCGUACAGGAGGUGGACAGGAUUUUAUAAUGAGCACAGUUAGAGCUUCCUGCAAAGGGCCAUACGUGAAGCUAGCUGGCAGUCACGAAUUCAGCGUUGCUCACUACACGGGAAAAGUCAAUUAUGAUACAAGGGAAAUGGCCGACAAGAAUAAAGACUUUUUACCACCUGAAAUGACUGAAACUAUGCGAGCCUCGACUAAUCUUACGAUGCAGCAGUUAUUCAAAAAUAGGCUCACAAAGACGGGCAAUCUUACCUUGGCUCCAAAUGAAAAUGAAUCUUCUGCGAAUCGAACCAAAUCACAAAAAGAGCAAGAAAAUAUCAAGGCUAGGAAAUUCAACACCGUGUCAAAGGGACAAUACUCGCAAGUGCGAAGAAUGAGAACUGCAGCAGCGACAUACAGAGUAACAAGUUUGGAAAUUCUGAAGCAACUUUCAACGAGCAACGGUUUACACUUUGUCCGAUGUGUCCGAACAGAUCUAAAUGACAAUCCUCGAGGAUUUCAAACUGAAGUCGUAAAGCAGCAAUUGAGAGCGAUGGCGGUGUUGGACACAGCAAAAGCGCGUCAGUGUGGCUUCUCGUAUCGUAUACCGUUCGCUGAAUUCAUUAAAAGAUACCGUUUCCUGGCUUUUGAUUUUGAUGAGAAUGUAGACGAAACAAAAGACAAUUGCCGUCUCUUAAUGAUCAGACUGAAAAUGGAAGGAUGGGAAUUAGGAAAAUCGAAAGCAUUUUUGAAAUAUUACAACGAAGAGUUCUUAUCCAGGUUGUAUGAGACACAAGUGAAGAAAAUAGUUAAGGUGCAAAGUAUGAUGCGUACCUUCUUAGCGAAGCGGAAAGCUGUGCAAAGCAAAUCCAAGGCUAUGCAUAUCAAGGAAUUAAAAAAACAGAAGUCGGCAAAUAUGAACGAUGAGGAGGCUGCUUUGGUUAUACAGAAAGCAUACAGAGGAUUCGUUGUCCGAAAGGCAUAUGGACCAAUAGUCAACAAAUCAACUGGCGAGAUCGAUGAGGAAACGUCGUCUUUUCUGAAGCGCUUUGCGAGGAAGUGGAAGAGUAGAUCGCUUUUCCAAGUUCUUCUCCAGUACCGUGCUCUUCGUUACCAGGACCUAGUUAAUUUCUCACAACAGAUACACAUGUACAACCAAGUUUUAGUUGAAGGAUUAUUGAACACAAAUUCAUCAGUAUUACUUGAACGUAUUGAUCCACAUGCCAGGAAAGAAUUCCUUGGAACCCCGCGUCCAACUGUGUGGAAGCUGCCCUUCAGACUUGAUGAAAUUCAGUAUUUCGACACCUCGCACAUGUGCGAUCCUAAAGUGAAAAGCAACGACACAUUUGCCAGUCAAUACGAUUCAGACCACGAGCAGUGGGACGAACCUUUCAAACAUCGGUUUAGUUCUUCAGGAUCAACCACCAGAACGAAGAGUACACAGACCCUCCUUAGCGUGCCCUUCUGCAGAGAUCCCACGCAGCCUAUGCCCAAGGUGCCGGACGAGCCCAAGAUGGAGUACGCUCCCAAUAGACCCGUGCUCUACAAUAAGAAGCACGUCUCUUCGCCACAAAAGUUCUAUCAGCCCCCAACUCCGUGGGCGACAAAUAACGAAGACAUCUUUGAACCUACAGUUCCUAGACGCAGCACCAGCUUUUACGGCCCUGAUUCAGAGGCGUGUGAUCCCGUACGCGAGCUGCAAGCUCUGGCCAAGUCUACAGGGGAUUUAAACACUGACGAUGACAAUCCUCCGUUUAAUUUUCAAGCUAUGCUAAAAAAAACACCAAAAAAUAGAGCUUCCAUGAAGCGUUAUGGAGAGAAUGACGGUGGUUUUGAAAGAGCUCAAGCGCCGCCAAAACGUAUAAUAACUCCUACGGAACAAACCUAUAGAGGUCCGAGGCGCUCAGAAAGCGGAAAUAUGACCUCUGCGCCAACAACACCAACAUCUCCUUCUGGUAGGUACAAUUAUGACGACCCGGUGUCGAGAUCUGAUGACUACCUUAAGCCCAAAAACAACUUUAUGGACAACAGAGAUGAGAGCAAAACAGUUGAAAUAGCACCGGGCAUUUCUGUAGAAGGAACAGUGACGGAUUUGUAA